AUGCAUGCCCAAGUUGCAUUUUAUAAGUUUUCGUAGCAGUUCCCAAUCUAGCCUAGUGCGAAUUGACCCGCCGAACAUUUUGUAAAAAAGUUCUGAACCUCAAGCUCGAAUUUCAUCGCAAAACAACAAAAUUAUCCAAUUCCCACCACCAACAAUUUCGCAUUACACAUUAAAUAUUCUUUCGAAAGUAAAAAUUUAAGAUUAUUCAUAAUGGGCAAAGAUAAAUCCGAAAAGCGCGACAAGAAGGAGAAGAAGGAGAAGAGAAGUGAGGUCGACGGUGUCAAGAAAUCUUCCAAGAAGGACAAGAAGGUUAAGCUUAGUGAAGACAAUGUAGCUGCUGCCAUUGCCGAAGUCACCAAGGAGCCCGAGGCCGUCGAAGUCAUGGACAUUCUAAUUGGGGAGGAUAAGGAAGGCGCAGCUCCCGAAAUCAAACCAGUAGGAGCUUUGGUUCCAUUCGCAAACCCACUGGCCGAUGAAAAGGUUGCAAAGAAGGUGCUUAAAAGUGUUAAGAAAGGUAAAGUAAUUUGCUCUUCGCUCUUCCCUCUUUCCAAUUUUUGCGCCGUUCGCAAUGUGGACGCAUUCUUCUCGAUAAGGGUAAAAGUACUAAUUGGUGUGUCUGGUCGUAGCUGCCAAAAACAAAACUCUCAAGCGCGGUGUAAAGGAAGUAGUCAAAGCUCUACGCAAAUCUCCCCAAGGUGCUAGCAAUACAGCUUUCCCUGGUGUCGUUAUCCUCGCCGCAGAUAUUUCGCCAAUGGAUGUCAUCUCUCACAUCCCAAUCUUGUGCGAAGAUCACAACGUACCAUACAUCUUCGUAACCAGUAGAGCCGAGUUAGGAGCAGCAGGCAACACAAAGAGACCUACGAGUGUGGUAAUGGUCACAGAAGCGAGGUCGGGCGCAAAGAAGGCCGAGAAGAUUGAGGGCGAAGAAGAAUUCAAGGAUGUCUAUAAGGACUUGGUUAAGGUUGUGGAGAAGGAGGGUAGGAAUGUUAGAGUAUAAGGGGAGAGAGAUGGAAAAAAAAAUUCUGCUUAUGGGUUGGCUGCACUUUUCGGCUGUAUCAUAUCAAGAGCAUGUCUUACCGUGCUUGGACAUUACAAUGGCGUUGGUGAGUAAGGGUAGGGCUAGGAAUAAAGAAAACAUUCGAUUUUAAUUCAACCUU